UUAGCUACCGGCACCGCUAGUAUCACUAUCAGAGCCUUGUAUCCCUAUAAAACCAUCACUGAGUCCAUAAUUAAAGUACUUCACCAAGAAAAUGGGAUGCAUAUACAAGGACCCAAAUGCCCCAAUCGAAUCCAGAAUCAAAGACCUCCUUUGCCGGAUGACCCUCCAAGAAAAGAUCGGCCAAAUGACCCAGAUCGAACGCAGCGUUGCAACGCUUUCUGCCAUUAAACGCCGCUGUAUAGGAAGUGUGCUGAGUGGUGGUGGAAGCAAUCCAUUUUACAAGGCAAAUUCGGCCGACUGGGCUGAUAUGAUUGAUGGGUUCCAGAAUGCGGCGCUGGAAUCGCGCCUUGGCAUUCCUCUGAUCUACGGUGUCGAUGCGGUUCAUGGCAAUAAUAAUGUUUAUGGUGCCACUAUUUUUCCUCAUAAUAUUGGUGUUGGUGCCACCAGAGAUGCUGAUUUGGUCAGGAGGAUAGGAGAGGUAACUGCUCUUGAAGUCAGGGCAAGCGGGGCUCAUUAUGCCUUUGCACCUUGUGUUGCUAUCAGCAGAGAUCCCAGAUGGGGAAGAUGCUAUGAGAGUUAUAGUGAAGACACUGAAGUUGUCAGAAAGAUGACCUCCCUUGUCACAGGCUUGCAAGGGCAACCACCUGAAGGGCAUCCCAAGGGUUACCCUUUUCUUGCUGGAAGAAAAAAUGUUAUUGCGUGUGCCAAGCAUUUUGUUGGUGAUGGUGGUACUGAUUAUGGUACAAAUGAAGGGGAUACUAUAAUCUCAUAUGAUGAUUUGGAGAGGAUUCACAUGGCACCAUAUCUUGAUUGUAUGUCUCAGGGAGUUUGCACCGUAAUGGCAUCCUACUCUAGCUGGAAUGGAAUUAAACUGCAUGCUCACCAUUUUCUUUUAACAGAGAUCUUGAAAGAUAAGCUGGGAUUCAAGGGCUUUGUGAUUUCAGAUUGGGAAGCACUGGACCGGCUAUGUGUUCCUCGUGGCUCAAAAUACCGGCAGUGCAUUAUGUCUGCUGUCAAUGCAGGAAUUGACAUGGUCAUGGUGCCUUUUAGGUUUGAAUUAUUCUUGGGAGAAUUUCUGUCUCUUGUGGAAUCAGGGGAGAUACCAAUGUCAAGGAUUGAUGAUGCUGUUGAGAGGAUUCUUAGAGUCAAAUUUGUUGCUGGAAUUUUUGAGCAUCCCCUGAGUGAUAGAUCUUUGUUGGAUGUGGUUCGUUGCAAGGUAAAUGUUUCGCCUUCUAUAUGUGCCUUGUGGACAUAUUCUACACAUGUAAUUGCAAUCAUGAACGAAUGAUGCGUUCUCAAACCUUGCCAUGUCGAUCUAGUUAAGAGUUUAUCUCUUUUUAUAACUUCCACUAACUGCAUUCUGCAGGUACUUGUAAUGUCCUGGCCUCUAUGUCCAAGUCAUUAACUUUCAUACUGUCCGCUAUGGGAGAGCCUAAGCCCAUCUCCCAUAGCGGACAAUACAUAAGUUAAUGGCUUGAGUAUAGAGGAUGGAUCGUCACAAUGCUAUUUAAGUUGCUUCUCAUAGUUCGAUCGUUACAAUACUAAAGUUACUUCUCAUAGAUUUAGAAUUUAAUUGACUCAUUAUGUUAGUUUAAUUAAAACUGCAAACCAAAUGGAUAUUGACGCAUAUCAUCUUCCUAGAUUCUUGUAAAUUUUGAUGUGAGAGAACUUUGCCCUGCGGCUUU